AUGCCUCAAUUUAACAGUGCUGAAUUUAGGCACUUUGCAGCUGAUUGGGACUUUGUUCAUACGACUUCUAGUCCUCACUACCCCCAAUCCAAUGGACUGGCUGAAGGAGCAGUAAAGAUAGUAAAAAAUUUGAUCAAAAAAGCAGUUCACAGCAAUCAAGAUAUCAUGAAGGCCCUGCAAAUAUACCGUAGCACCCAUUCAUCAGUACCUUGUGAAAGACCAGAAUCGGAAGAUGAAGAUGAAGAAGUCCAUUUACAAGCCAAUGUAAAUAAUAAUUGUGAUAAUGAUGGCGAUAGAGAUAAUACUCAUGCAGAAGAUAUAAGCGCCCCACGACGUGGUGAACGCGAUUGGAAGCCAAAUCGUAAAUACUUUAACAAUGAUUACACUACAUAG